AACAGCUGGAAUGSCAUGAGCUCCACAGCAUUAGCGUCUUAGCUGUGAAGACAGAGGAAGCGUGGCYCGCAGCGUGGUUUAUCAGGGAUUCAAAGCUUCGCUUUCUGGCUUCAAAACCGAGAACAACGUUGGUGAAGAAACGGAAAGCAAUGGUCUGGGAUAUCCUGUUUUUUCUAUUCCUCGUGAAUGGAGUCGUGGUAUUUGUCGAAGGAAAGUGUGGAGACAAGUACACAGAUAUUCAAGCAGGGUGCUGUCCUGAUGAAUACCUGCAUCUUUGCUGCCCGAAUAUCAAACCGUGCAACACCAACUCUACAAGCAGAAAUCCCCACACCAGCCCAACACCGCCCGUCAACGUUACUGCUUUUAGAAAACCCGCUUGUAUGCACCCCUGGACUACCCCGGCAUGCCAAGCAGGCUUUUAUAUUAACCCAUUUACAAGGGAUUAUUUGCCUUGUCCUGAGGGGUUCUACUGUUUGUCCGAUGUUGUUUGUAUAAUCCCUUGCCCUGAUGGGGCAUAUUGCAUCAAGGAUAAGUUAGUUCCUGCUAGCGAAACAUCUCCAAAUUUAGUGUGCCGAGAGGCUGGAAAAUGCUGCGAGCCGUCUUCCUCUACUCCCGUCUACGACAAAGUGACAAAGAAGCUGUUGUGCCCUGGUUCACAAAAACCCACACCCUGUCCGGAGGGGAAUUAUUGCCCCAACGUCACUACCAAGACGGUUUGUCCGAAGGGGUAUUUUUGUCGUAAAGCUUUCACUGAACCACAGCCAUGUCCGCUUCUGUCAGCGUGCAAGAAAGGUUCCAAAGCACCGUCCAGCACGGGCGCAGGUGUCCUCUUCAUCGUCAUUCUAUUCCUUAUAUUCAUUGCCUUGAUUUACUACUUCCGUAAGCAAGACAAGGUUAAUUUCUACGUGAAGAAGAUGCGUGACAGGAUCAUGAGGAAAGAAAAUAACGAGUUUGGGGUACUCUCGGAACACAUAGCAACUGUUGAAGUGGAUGGAAACACUAUUUCGCCAAAGCAGGACGUAAUCAACUUGGAGUUCAAAAAUCUCAGUCUUACUCUUAAAAAGUUGAACAAGAAGGUUCUCCAAGGAGUGACUGGUAAACUACAGUCAGGAGAAGUGACUGCCAUCAUGGGACCUUCAGGCUGUGGCAAGACAACACUGUUAAACACACUGAGUGGGAAGGCUUACUAUGGAAAACGUGAAGGGGUCAUAAAGAUAAAUGGCAUGGAAGUCGUUGAUCUAAAGUCUAUCAAAACCUUCAUUGGAUUUGUUCCUCAGGAAGACAUAAUGCACAGGUCCCUUACCAUUUUUGAGGUUCUGCGAUUCCAGGCAGAGCUGAGACUUCCUUCAACCAUCCCUUCAUCCGAGAAAAAAAGGAGAGUCAACGAGAUCAUCGAAUUAUUGGAUUUAACUAAAGUGAAAAAUACUAAAAUUGGUGACGAGGAAACUCGCGGUAUCUCAGGAGGACAGAGAAAAAGAGUGAACAUCGGAAUGGAGCUUGUUGCUGAUCCAACACUUUUGUUUCUUGAUGAACCCACCAGCGGUCUGGAUAGUACAUCCAGUCUUCUUGUGCUCGAUGCUUUACGUGCUGUAGCCGAGAAAGGCAGAUUGACUGUCGUGUGUGUCAUUCAUCAACCUCGCUUCGAAAUCUUCAGUGCUUUACACAAAACCCUAUUCCUUGGACCUGGUGGCCGAACUGUGUACUUGGGAAAUGUAGAUGAUGCGGAGGAGUAUUUCAACUCGCACGGUCUGGUCUGCCCAAAGAAUAUCAACCCUGCUGACUUCUACAUGGACGUGAUUGGUGGUCUCCAUGACAACGUUACAGAUGGAGCUGGCGGAUUCGACUCCAAAAGUCUUUUUGACAAAUGGGAAGAUCAGCAACAAGAAUAUGAGAGCGAAGUUAAUGGCGAUGAAACACAUGCUGAAAUAAUACAAACUUUUGACGCAGAUCAAAACCGAAAGCUUCCAGGAUUUUUAAGGCAGCUCGUUUCCUUUUCUCACCGCGAAGUUAAGUUCCAAUUCCGGCUCGUGAAAAGUCUUGUGAUGGAUCUCUGUCUUGUUCUUCUUGCUGGUGGAAUGCUGGGAGCAUUGAGACGCAAUGCCACCUUGGAUAAGUUCUUCAUCCUGCAAACGCUCAGCUCACUUGCCAUUGGUCUGACGGCCAUGUUGUCUUCACUGCGUUGUUUUGGCAACAAUAGGGCUACUUUCUGGAGGGAAUCGUCUACCGGCAUCAAUCGUCUCAGCUACUUCCUGGCUGUGAAUAUUGUGCAACUACCUAUCAUAAUAAUCACGCCUAUGGUCUACCUCAGUCUGCUCUACCCCUUGAUUUCGCCUCGAGGUCUGUCUCCAUCCCUCUGUGAUAUGAACAAGUACACCUUCAUUGGUCCUCUUCUCUACAACCUGUCUUUUUGCCGCUGGUAUGUGGAGGCGCUUUUCGAGAAAGAAGCCAUUCGUUUUCCUCGCGUCAUGGAUUCUUUUGUUCAGGGAUUGGCCAAUCAGAAUGGUUAUUCUCUGGAUAACUACUGGACCUGUAUCGGGGUGAUGUUCGCUUUUGGUAUCGCCUAUCGAGUGUUUGCUUUCAUCUUCCUGGUGUUCACUAACCGUGGAAAGCAGCAGUGAGAAUGUCAAGUGUCUUUGGUUUUUAACGUUAUAUCUUGGGUUUUUUUUCGUUUUCUUAGAAAAAGGCACUUACUGUACUAGCGUGAUACGAUCACACGGUGCCAUGCUUAGUGCAG